AUGCCGUUCACCAGCAUAAGCCGCCUUCUCCCACAGGACACCAGUCCCGGCCUGGCCCAGCUGGGUCUCGGCCUCGUCCUCAGCGUCUCGGUGUACCAGCUGAGCCAUUUCCACCUGCGCUCGCUUUGCCGCUACUUUUUCGCCAGCCCGCCGCCGGGCCCGCGCGGUACCAAGGUAUGCAAGCUCGAUUUCGCACCCUCCGACAUCGGGUGGGCGGACAGGUCAUUCUUGCUGCUCUUUGGGGUGCUGUACAAGGCAGUGCGCCGACGCGUGGUUGGGACGGGUCUGAAGCUGGCCAAGGGUGCCGAGACGGUCGAGUUGCCGAGACUGGAGUUGAUGUGUCCCAUUGACAUUGGGGACGGACAUAAGGAGCUCUACGGUCGAGCUGUUGCCCAGAGCGAGGAGACGGAAGUGGGAACGGAUCAGGGCGGAAAUGGCAUGGAGAGGCAAUUUCUGCUGGCGGCCAUGACCAACCAGUUGAUGCUGUUACUGGUCGUGCAUCCCAAGCUGCCCGUGUCACCGCUGGGCGGAGUCAAUGUUCGCAACCGCAUCGAGUCGCAUUCACCUCUGCCUGUACCAACCGGCCCGCUGACAGCACAUGCAUACGUCGGCGGCAAAGACGACGCAGCGCGCGUUGUCAAACGAGGGAUCGAGUUCGAUAUCCACAUCGACAUCCACGACUCUCACCAUCUCAUCCUACGCCAAACCAUCACCAUCCUCACGCUCUGCAAGACCCACAUCACCUCAUCCAACAGCACGCCACAGGCCGCACCUGCAGCGAGGCAGUUCGACACGAUCGGACGCAUCCACAUGACUACCUCGUCGCCCUCUCUCUGGUGCCGCGUGUGUGGAGACUACAACCCGAUCCACGUGUCGGCUACGCUGGCAAGGUUGUUUGGCUUCCGCGGCAAGAUCGCGCACGGCAAUCAUGUCGUUGCCAAGCUGCUGCAUCUGUACGCUUGCCAGCAGAGCGGCGGCGGUUUGGUCGGAGUGGAGAAGGAGGAAGGAUGGUGGAUCGAAAUGCAGUUCAAGCGGCCGAUGGUGCUUCCCCUUCGGAUGAGCGCUCAGCUGGAACAAGGUGCAGGCCGGCAGUCGCGGCAGUGGCAGUGUGUAGCAGAGGAACAUGGCAAGGAGGACAAGGUUUACGUUCUUGGCUCUUUGGGGCGAUCAUAG